AACGCAGAGAGGCAGUGAACGGCAGAGGUCUAACGUUAGCUUAGUUACUCAUUAGGACAGAGAGACAUUGAACCGUGAAGACGUUUUGCGGUGAACAUUUCUGAACGCAAAUGUUAACUUUCGGAUAGUACCGUUUGCUAGACUGUCUAGCGUUUCGGGGGCUAGCUUUCAGUUUACUUACUGGUGUUCUGCGGUGGAAAUAGCAAAAAUGUCGUCUCCAAGUCCGGGUAAAAGGCGAAUGGAUACCGAUGUGGUGAAACUCAUUGAGAGCAAGCAUGAAGUCACCAUCCUCAGCGGACUCAAUGAAUUUGUAGUGAAGUUUUUCGGACCACAAGGAACACCAUACGAGGGAGGCGUGUGGAAGGUGCGAGUAGAUCUUCCUGACAAAUACCCUUUCAAAUCGCCAUCAAUAGGAUUCAUGAACAAGAUUUUUCAUCCCAACAUUGACGAAGCGUCAGGGACAGUGUGCUUAGAUGUCAUCAACCAGACAUGGACAGCCCUUUAUGAUUUGACCAACAUCUUUGAGUCGUUCCUGCCCCAGCUGCUGGCUUACCCAAACCCCAUCGACCCCCUGAAUGGAGAUGCAGCUGCCAUGUACCUUCACCGGCCAGAGGAGUACAAGCAGAAAAUCAAAGAGUACAUCCAGAAAUAUGCAACAGAGGAGGCUCUGAAGGAGCAGGAAGAGGGUGCAGGCGACUCGUCAUCUGAAAGCUCCAUGUCGGAUUUCUCAGAAGACGAGGCCCAGGACAUGGAGUUGUAGUGAUAGGAGGGCUCCCCCAUCCCGCCCUCUCCUUUAUCCCCCACAGAGACUAUAUUUGAUUUCCUAACCAUGAGAAAGCAGACUUAUAAUAUUCAUAUUUAAACAAGUUGAUUUUUUUAUUAUUAUUAUUAUUACUACUAAACAAGGAUUUUUAUGGAUAUCUAGCCUUUGGUGUGUUUGACACCCCUACUAUUCUGUAGCUGUUUCUCCCUACAUAGAUGUCACAAUUGCUGUCACAUCCCUACCAUCUCCGCAUUUUUAAAGUGUGUCAUGUUGUAGGCAGGAAAUCUCCCCGCGAACAUCUAAUUUCUGUACUUGGAUUUCACUUAUAACUUACCAGUUUGACCUGAAUCCUAAUUUCCUUUCUUUUUCCACAAUGCUAAAUGACUCUGACCAACAUUUUAAUUAGUUGCUCCACUACAGAGCUGCUUAGGUUUUGAAUAGGUUUUGCUUAUCUGGGUGUACAGCUCUGCAAUAUUAGCCUGUAGUCAAGACAGUAUUUUAAGGCGCACGAUCAUACACGAGGUGUUGUAGCACACCUUACACAAAAAUACAAAAAGUGUAGUGCCAAUAGACACUCAUAAAUUGACCCUGAAUGCUUUGUAAGCAUAUCUUUUUUCCAACAUAUUUAUUGAGACUUGGCAGUAGAAAAUAUGCCUCUUUUUUUUCGCCUUCAGUUUACAUGCUACCCAGACAUGUUACUUAACUUUUUGUUACUAUUUAUUGACCUGCUGCAGCAGUCUGUCUACAUGUGCCGCUGUGCAGUGCAAAAUUAUUGCUUAACUAGGUCAGGCCUUGUUCAACAAAUGAAUGAAAUAAACGUCUCAUUACUAGGUGAGUGACAAUGUGGUAACAAAGACGUGUGUUGGGUGCUUCUGAGAUUUGUUGAAAGUUCACCAGGUGCAUAAACUGUUUGGAAGAUUGGUGCACAAAAGCAAUGAAGACAGAAGUGGCUUUACUCUGAGGCAUUUGUGGAGAUUCUGGUCAGACUCACUUGGUGUGAUGGAAACUGAAAAUAGACCAGAGCUACCAUUUAACCAUCUGACCAUAUGGAUUUCAUAUUUCAUGCAGCUCUUGCCAGUUUUCUGUCAGGAAGCAACCUCAAACACACAAGCACCAAACAUUCUCACUCUGCAGGAUGCCACUAACCUACAGUCAUCUGCUGUACUCCUGCUUUUUAAAACAAAAUUGUAUUAGUCUUAUUGGUCAAAAACAACUUUCCAAGCAGGGAAAUACAGAUCACAUAUUCUUGUGAACUUCAGAAAACCAACAACAAAAUCAGUUUUAAUUUUAAUGAAAAGCAACAAAAAAUGGUCAUAUGAUUAUUGAGUGGAUCUGAGAAAAAGAGUGAUUUAUUGGAUAUUCAGGUUUGUGUAGUAUCGGUCCUCCUCACAUUCCACUGUUACCUGGGGUUUGCUCCAAUGCAUGCCGUUCAUAUUGGUCUGACCUGUGGUAUGUACCCCGACUGCAUUUUAUGUCUGCCUACCCGGAUGUCUAUUUGGAUCACUAGUUUGAAGAAGAUUGCAAAAUAAGCUGAAUUUUCGUUGAAGGGAAUUAAUUUAACAUUAAUUUCAUAUGUACAGAUUUGACUUCUUAUCUAAAAAAAAAAAAAAAAAAAGAAAAGGAAAAACCUCUGGUGUUACUCAUUGUUUAUUUAAUGUGGCGGGUUAAGACAUAAAUCCAGAAUGCGUGGACAGAGAAUGCAAUCGCAGCUUAGAUUUUUGGCUGUUUUUUCCUUCUUUUAUUUCUUGUACAUUUCUUUCCUUAUCGGGGGGGUCAACACGUUAGGAUAUUUUUCUUUUUUUAUGUACAGCAUCUACCAUGUACAGUGAUAAGACACCUCUCUGUAGCCUCAUAAAAUCUCAGUGUUGAACCCAAAACACUGACCCGAGUGAGGUUAACAUGGCAGUCAAACUACCUAGAAAAACCUUGAAAUGUAUUCACUUCAUAGUUUGCAGUAAGAGUCACUGGUUGCUUUGUGGCAGAUUGUGGACGAUUCAAAGCCUGAAUCGUACUCUGGAGGUCACUGUAUCACCUCUGAUCUCAACUCCCGCUUCCGUGCCUCAUCACAAAAAGAAGGUGACCAUUUAAAAAAGUCCCCACCCAAAACCAUGUUUUCAAAAAGCCAUGAAGGUCAAAAGUAACAAGAAAAGCACAUUUGUUUUUACUCAUACUGCUUUUAUUGUCCUCUUCCUGCAAAAUGACCCUGUGCAGUUUGUGACUUGACAUCUAAAUUUUCGCUCUGUUGCAGAUGAGGGGUGUUACCCAGGGCUGAGUUUGGUGUAUUUGAGCAAAUGUAGGAUUGUGAGACUUUAAUGGCCCAGAUUAGAAAUACAGUUUGGUUGUACCUUACACUUUGAUUAAUAUUUUCACCCGGGACAUACAGAAAGGAUAGAAAUCAUACUAAUAUUUGUUGAACUGCGUUUUGACAUGUCAGGAUAGUUAGUUUUGCUGGGUGUUGACUUCAACUAAACAACAUUAUGCUAUAUGGCUGUAUUACAGAUAGUUAGCUAGUUUGGUAUACUUACAUGAAAAAGCAUUAAUUUCUCAUCUGAUUUUUAGUUAGUCUGUUGUGUGGUUAUAUGUACAAUACUCCAUAGACAUGCCUGCUUGUCCUCUCUUGCAGAGUUGUACAGAUGAGUGGGAGUGAUUUCAAUCUAGGGUGACAUUUGACCUGUAGUAAGCCUAAUGGUUCUGACUGUACAGAAAUCAAAAGUUUGGUUCAGCUCUUUUCAAGCGAUUGGAUUUCCUCCAAAAGCAUGAUUUAAAAACACAGUUCCAUGCUCAUAAUUAUGCCCACAUUGGAAUGCAUUUAGAACAGAGACACUUCCAUGAUUGGUUUUUAAUUUCUGAUAUUUAUCCGAAGAGUUUGACUGUUUAAAGCUAUGGGAUGAUAAUGUCUGUCACCCAGCCUGGAAAUGUUUUGAAUGUUAGCUCAGGGGUUACCUUUUAACUGUUGCAGAGCUAACUUUUGUGAUAGUCAACAUGUACAAGGCAGUAUAAAGCUAUGUGAAUGUUUUACAUGUGUUUCGGGUUUGUUUGUGGUGAGGUCGGUGAUCCACAUCCACUCAAAACAGAACAAACCUGCAAACUGUAUGCAGAUCCCCACUCUCACAAUUGGCUUGUGUUUUCUCCCUAAGCUGCCUAUAAAUGUGUAUUUAUUCAUUAAAGAGACCUCCUUUUUUGUUUUUAAUCUUGCUCAUCAGGCACCAGUAAGUUAUGGCUCAGCUAAAUUAACACACUGAUGAUAACUUGAUCUUGAGUUGGGUUUUUUUUUGUUUGUUUUAAGGAAUUCAGAUUGGAAUUCUAGUUUUACUUUACAUUUGUGCAGUAUUGUACUCAAGUGCUGACAAUACAGUAUAUCCGAGUUGACAAUUGUAAUAAAAUUGCACAUUAUGAUGCAGUACUACAAGAGGGAAUUAAUGAUAUUUUUGUCUUUUUCAAAAACAAGACUCUUGUGUUUGGGUAAAAAUCAAAGGUUUGGUUUUCAGCAUUUUUUGCAUCUGGGCAAUAAAUUGAUUAUAUACUCAGCUGUGGCCUGGUGUUGCUCUGGUAAAAAACCAUCUGAUGUUUUAAACAGAUUGGUUCUUUCUUCUUUCUUUUUUUAACUUCCCACACUUGUCAAGAGACAUAAUUCCUGCCUUUGUGUUUCAGGUUGUCUUCAACUCAAGUCAAGAACUAAAGGAAAUGUCCUCAAACCAGUGAAUGAGUAUGCUUCCCAUGGCAACUUAAAUUCAAAAAAUGUUUUUGAAAACAUGUUUAUUGUGCUUUUAUUUAAUAUCCUUUUGGCUUUCUCUUCUCCCCCUCUUUUGCUCUAAGACCACAGGUGCACAGAUUACAAUGUCUUAACUACUUAGAUUAACAUGAUGGGAUUAAUAGGGCCUCGAAAUUCUUACUGCAAACCUACAGAGAAAGUACAGCCCAGAGCCAUAACCCCCACAACCGUACCCACACACUCUGCCAGAUCCUAUAAGGAUGGAGCACCUCCGCUAAAUGAAUGGACUGGUUUGUCAUUAAUCUAUAGACAGGACUUCCAGGGCCCAUUCUCCUGUUGUAUCAGCACAGCUGCAAAGAGCCAGCACCCUGAUCCUGUAAUAUCACCUCCCCUCGUGUGUUGACUGUGUCUCCUUGUGCACUUGCAUGCUUCUGGUGUGGAGUUGAGGCUCGCUUUGUGCACACUUUCCAUUCUGUUUUAUGCUUGUGUGGAUUUGUGCCCUGUGCUGGCAUACAGCUGCCAUCAGGGGAUUUAACAGGUACACACAGCAUGGAAAAAUGGCAUUAAAAAAAAAAAAAAAA